UGUAAAAAUGCCUAGUUACGAAUUAGCGCUAAUGUUACGCGUUAUGCCGAAACCUGAAUUGAAAACUGCACUUAAACGUGUCUCACAUGCCAUAUUUAACCGUGGAGGUAUCAUACGAGAAAUCGAGAACUUAGGUUUUCGUGCAAUGCCGUACAAAACGAGUGCUCACGGCUUAGUUCAUCGAGAAGCAAACUAUUUCGUGUUUAAAAUUGAUACCGCGACACAAGCUGUAGCCGAUCUGAAAGAAGAAUAUAGCAGAGAUGUAGAUAUCGUGCGGCAGCGUGUGUACAAGGUUCAAACAGACAGCGAUCACAAGUGCACCCUAGAGACUGAACUGUUGCCCCCUGCUUACCGAAAAGAAGUCCAGAAAAUGAUAGAAGUUGGAAAAACUCAGGUCAACCGUUUUACUUACAAAUUUAAAUAUAAUUCUGGCUUGGACUAUUAUCCGUUCCAAAAGUAAUAUAAUGUUUAGAUAAUAUGUAACUUAAUCAUAGUUUUUAUUGUAGAUAAGUAGGCAAUGUAAUAAACAUGAUUUACCGUU